AUGUCAAGCAAAUCUUUAAAACCCACAAAACCCCCAGUAACACCAUCUCCACCUUCUUCACGAUCAUCUUCACUAUCUGCUCAUCUCGCCAUGGUUGAACUCAGACAAAGAAUCUUGACAUCACUCUCCAGACUCUCGGACCGAGACACCCACCAGAUCGCCGUCGAAGACCUCGAAACCAUCAUUCAAACCCUCUCACCUGACGGCAUCUCAAUGAUCCUCAACUCCCUCUACGACGCCACCAACGACACCACCACCAACAAACCCGCCGUAAAGAAAGAAGCAAUCAGACUCCUUUCCUUCCUCUGCGCCACCCACACCGAAUCAGCUGCCAGCCAUUUGACAAAAAUUAUAGCCCACAUUGUCAGGAGGCUUAAAGAUUCCGAUUCCGGUGUUAAAGAUUCGUGUCGCGAAUCAAUUGGACAUCUUUCUUUUCUGUAUUUGAAGGGUGAGAGUGGUGAUAAUAAUAUGGGGUCUGUGGUUUCGUUGUUUGUGAAGCCUUUGUUUGAAGCUAUGAAUGAACAGAACAAAGCUGUACAAGCUGGUGCAGCAUCGUGUAUGGCUAAGAUGGUGGAAAUGGCUUGUGAUCCACCAGUUUUGACUUUUCAAAAGCUUUGUAUUAGGAUCUGCAAGUUCCUUAAUAGCCCUAAUUUCUUGGCAAAUUCUGCCCUUUUGCCUGUGGUUUCAAGGCUUUCUCAGGUUGGUGCUAUUUCUCCACAAGCCUUGGAGCCACUGCUUCAAAGUAUUCAUGACUGUCUUAGUAGUUCUGACUGGUCAACUCGAAAGGCAGCUGCUGACACUUUAAUUGUAUUGGCUUUGCAUUCAAGUAACUUGAUCAAAGAAAAACCAACUUCUACGAUAACAAUACUUGAAGCAAUCCGCUUUGAUAAGAUAAAACCUGUUAGAGAUAGCAUAACGGAAGCACUGCAACUAUGGAAUCAAAUUGCAGAAAGGUGUGAAGAUCAAAAAACACCUGGUCAUGGUGAAGAUUCUCAAGUACAAUCCAAGUUGUCAAGAAAGGAGCUUCCGAAGUUGGAUGUGAAAUCAAUAGAGACCCCAUCAAAGAAUGGUGAAACAAAGUCUCAAAAUGUAGCCGAAAAGACAACUGGAACGAAAAAGAAGCCGCCUCCUUUAAGUGAUAAGGAACAAAACCCCGAGUUCUUUCAAAGACUCGAAACGAGGGUUUCAGGUGAAGUCGAAGUCGUUCUCCCCCGUAGACUCCUCAAAUCAUCAAAUACACAAAACGAAGAGGAACCAGACAUCAAUGCGGAGUCAAAGUCAAAGUCAAAAGAGGAACCGGUCAACUUGCAAAAACAAGGUGGUGAUCUGUCUUUUAGAAAGCGAGAAUUCGAGAGUAAAGGAAAUUUGUUGGGCAUCCAAAGACAGUUACUUCAACUGGAGAGACAACAAGCUUACAUCAUGAACAUGUUGCAGGAUUUUAAAGGUGGAUCACGUGAUGGUAUGGUGACUUUAGAGAACAGAGUGUGGGGCCUAGAGAGAGUUGUUGAAGACAUGGCACGCAGUUUAUCAUCAGCGUCAAUGUAUAGUCAAAGAGGGUUAAGAAAAGGCGUGGAUAGGGAUAAUAGGUUGCGGAAAGGGGCUGGACCUGGUCCUUCAGCAAGAAGUGUUUGGCAAGCUUCAAAAGAUGAAGCCACUUUGGAAGCAAUUAGAGGGGCUGCACCUGCAACUGAUCAUGAGAAGAAGAAGAAUGCUGUUUUGACUGCUUGGAGAAAUGCAAUGGAUGGAGUUUGUGAAGGUGACAUGGAUGUGGCGUUUGGUGAGGUUUUGUCUACCGGAGAUGAUCUUUUGCUUGUGAAGCUAAUGGACAGGACUGGGCCCGUGGUUGACCAGCUGUCGGCUGAUGUGGCAAGUGAAGUUUUGCAUGCGGUUGCUCAAUUCCUUUUGGAACCUACCUUGUUUGACAUCUGUUUGUCCUGGAUUCAACAGAUGCUGGAUACAAUUGUAGAGAAUGGAAAUGAUGUGAUAGGAAUUCGUAUGGAAGUGAAAAGGGAGAUUUUGGUGAAUUUGAAUGAAGCUUCGUCAACUAUUGACCCUCCACAGGACUGGGAAGGUCUCUUGGUUGUUUACAUCGGAAUAUAG